GCAUCCACACAAUAUUACCACUGAAGCCGCGCACAAUUUACUAUUGCCGUCUCCUUCAUCAGAGAAGCGAAGGUGCAAAGAGAGCGGGAGAGGACCCCCAACCGGUAGGAACAACGACGACGAACUUGGUUUGAACGACGUUGCUCAACAACCCAGGAUUCUAUACACCGUUAGUAUCCUUGUUGCUAACUUGGAACAAGUAGCUGAGCAUGGUCACAUGCUUCUAAUUCAACAAUGAAGCGUUACGUCUACAUCAAUGAUGAUGAAUCUUCACAUGAUCUGUAUUGUGCCAAUCGCAUUUCGAACACAAAAUAUAAUUUGUUGAACUUCCUACCGAAGAAUUUAUGGGAACAAUUUAGCCGCUUCAUGAACCAGUACUUUCUGCUAAUAGCAUGCCUUCAGUUAUGGUCUCUUAUUACUCCAGUAAAUCCUGCCAGUACAUGGGGUCCACUUAUUUUCAUUUUUGCUGUCUCUGCAACAAAAGAGGCAUGGGAUGAUUACCACAGAUUUCUUUCAGACAAGAAAGCGAAUGAGAAAGAAGUUUGGGUUGUGAGGCAGGGCAUAAAGAAACAUGUUCAAGCACAGGAUAUUCAUGUGGGUAAUAUAGUAUGGCUCCGAGAGAAUGAUGAAGUGCCAUGUGAUCUGGUUUUGAUUGGGACAUCUGAUCCGCAAGGAAUGUGCUAUGUUGAGACUUCUGCUCUAGAUGGUGAAACUGAUCUAAAGACCAGGUUCAUUCCCUCAGCUUGCAUGGGGAUUGAUCUAGAACUCUUGCACAAAAUCAAGGGUGUGAUUGAGUGUCCUGUUCCUGACAAGGACAUUAGAAGAUUUGAUGCAAAUUUACGGUUGUUUCCUCCUUUUAUUGAUAACGAUCUGUGCCCAUUAAGCAUUAAAAACACAAUUCUUCAGUCAUGUUACUUGCGGAAUACAGAAUGGGCAUGUGGAGUAGCUGUUUAUACAGGCAAUGAAACCAAGUUGGGUAUGAGUAGGGGCAUACCUGAACCAAAGCUUACAGCUAUGGAUGCUAUGAUUGACAAGUUGACUGGAGCUAUAUUUGUUUUUCAAAUUGUCGUUGUUAUGGUUCUUGGUGUAGCUGGUAAUGUAUGGAAGGAUACGGAAGCAAGGAAGCAAUGGUAUGUCGAGUAUCCCGAGGAAGGUCCAUGGUAUGAACUGUUGGUCAUUCCACUUCGUUUUGAGCUACUUUGUUCAAUCAUGAUCCCCAUAUCAAUUAAGGUGUCCCUUGACCUUGUCAAGAGCUUGUAUGCAAAGUUUAUUGAUUGGGAUGAUAAAAUGAUUGACCAUGAGACUAUUACUCCAGCCCAUGCAACAAAUACAGCAAUCAGCGAGGACUUGGGCCAGGUUGAGUACAUUUUGACUGACAAAACUGGUACUCUAACAGAAAAUAAGAUGAUCUUUAGAAGGUGCUGUAUCAGUGGCAUUUUCUAUGGAAAUGAGACAGGAGAUGCCUUAAAAGAUGCAAGGUUGCUCAAUGCUGUUGCAAGUGGUUCUCCUGAUGUUAUACGGUUCCUUACAAUAAUGGCAAUAUGUAAUACAGUAAUACCAGUACAGAGCAAAAGUGGUGCUAUCAUGUACAAGGCACAGUCCCAGGAUGAGGAUGCACUUGUCCAAGCUGCUGCUCAAUUCCAUAUGGUUUUCUUCAAUAAAAGUGGAAAUAUUCUUGAGAUCAAGUUCAAUGCUUCUACACUUCGAUAUGAGGUUUUGGAAACUCUGGAGUUUACUUCGGAUAGGAAAAGAAUGUCAAUUGUGGUGAAGGAUUGCCAGAAUGGGAAUAUUAUUCUUUUAUCAAAGGGUGCAGAUGAAGCAAUUCUUCCGUAUGCAAGUGCUGGGCAGCAGACAAGGACAUUUAUUGAAGCUGUGGAACAAUAUGCUCAAUUAGGUCUUCGUACACUUUGUCUUGCUUGGCGUAUUUUGGAGGAAGAUGAGUAUCAGGAAUGGUCUUCGAUGUUUAAAGAGGCCAGUAGUACAGUGGUUGAUAGAGAGUGGAGACUAGCUGAGGUCUGUCAAAGAUUAGAACAUGAUCUUGUGAUCCUUGGGGUUACCGCAAUAGAAGACCGUUUACAGGAUGGGGUACCAGAAACAAUAGAGGCAUUAAGAAAAGCAGGAAUCAAUUUCUGGAUGCUUACUGGUGACAAGCAGAAUACUGCAAUACAGAUUGCUCUUUCUUGCAAUUUUGUUUCACCAGAGCCAAAAGGACAGCUUCUAUUAAUUAAUGGCAAAACAGAAGAUGAAGUCGGCAGAAGUUUAGAGAGAGUUUUACUUACAAUGAGGAUUACAACUUCAGAACCUAAGGAUGUGGCAUUUGUUGUUGAUGGUUGGGCUCUUGAAAUUGCACUUAAGCAUUAUCGAACAGCUUUUACUGAAUUAGCAAUAUUGUCAAGAACUGCCAUAUGUUGUCGGGUAACACCAUCACAGAAAGCACAGCUUGUGGAGAUUUUAAAAUCAUGUGAUUAUAGAACAUUGGCCAUUGGGGAUGGAGGGAAUGAUGUAAGAAUGAUACAACAAGCUGACAUUGGAGUUGGAAUCAGCGGGAGAGAGGGACUGCAGGCAGCAAGAGCAGCUGAUUAUAGUAUUGGGAAGUUUAGGUUUCUGAAAAGAUUAAUACUUGUCCAUGGACGUUACUCAUACAAUCGUACAGCAUUUCUAUCCCAGUAUUCAUUUUACAAGUCUCUGGUGGUUUGUUUCAUCCAGAUCUUCUUCUCUUUUGUUUCAGGCGUCUCAGGGACUAGUCUUUUUAAUUCUGUUAGCUUGAUGGCUUAUAAUGUUUUCUACACUAGUGUUCCUGUUCUAGUCAGUGUCCUGGACAAAGAUCUUAGUGAAGAAACAGUGAUGCAGCAUCCACAAAUUUUGUUUUAUUGUCAAGCGGGAAGACUUCUGAAUCCUAGCACAUUCGCUGGAUGGUUUGGAAGAUCUCUUUUUCAUGCAAUUGUUGUAUUUGUAAUCAGCAUACAUGCCUACGCUUAUGAAAAAAGUGAAAUGGAGGAGAUCUCAUUGGUUGCUCUCUCUGGAUGUAUUUGGUUGCAGGCUUUUGUUAUGAUAUUAGAAACAAACUCUUUUACAAUACUACAACAUCUUGCUAUAUGGGGAAAUUUGGUUGGCUUUUAUAUCAUCAACUGGAUCUUCAGCGCCAUCCCAUCAUCAGGGAUGUAUACAAUUAUGUUUCGCUUGUGUAGACAACCGUCUUAUUGGAUAACUUUGUUUCUCAUAGUUGCAGCAGGGAUGGGUCCAAUUCUUGCUAUAAAGUUCUUCCGGUACACGUACAGACCAAGUAAAAUCAAUACACUUCAGCAGGCUGAACGUUUGGGUGGACCUAUUCUGUCACUGGGCAACAUUGAGCCCCAAGCAAGAUCAAUAGAGAAAGAUGUUACUCCUUUGUCCAUAACUCAACCCAAGAACAGAAAUCCAGUUUAUGAACCCCUAUUAUCAGAUUCACCGAAUGCUACUCGAAGAUCUUUCGGAGCCGUUCCACCUUUUGAUUUUUUUCAGUCACAGUCCCGAUUGUCCUCUUCCAACUACUCAAGAAAUUGCAAGGACAACUGAGCUACAAAAUAACAAAUAAUAGGUGCAAAAAUUGAACCUUACCACCAUUUUGCUUCUAGUGUAGAUUAGCAUUGUAUUUGUAUGUACAACAACACAUAGGAUUAGUGGAGUUCCUAUUAAAGGAACUCUACAUAAUUAAAUAAUUUCUUUUCUUGGUCUGGAAAAAAAAUAAAUUAUUCAUAAUUUUAUGCAUUUAUAUGAAGAAGAAUUUAUUUGCAAGAAA